GAGGAAGGAAAAAAAGAGAAGGGAAGAAAAAAAAAAAAAUAAUAAUUAUAGACGAAAACUUUCGUUUCCUUGAUUGUGAGAGAGCUAAAAAAUAACGAGAGAAAGGGAGGGAAGAGAACAGAGGAGAUAAACAGGGUGUCAGAGCUUCCUUCUUAGACCUCUCAUGGCCUUUUGUCGAUCGCGUGUAUACAUGAGUGUUUCUUCCUAAGUUGUUGCAGUUGAAGUUCCUGAAAUCUCUUCACGGAUCUGCUGCUCAAGCUCUUCGGUUUUCGUCGGUUUCAGUUUGGUGUUUGGAUUGAUCCGGCCAAAGAAUCUGCAGUAUGAGCAUCGAUAGCCCCAAGGAAGGGGAGAAUUAGGGUUCUUUUCUGCAGUCCUUGGAUUUCCAUGGGCGAUGGCGGAGUCGCGUGCGUGCCUUUGCAGCAUGUUAUGGAAAGAUUUCCGAUUCCAGAUACGUUCUGUGGAGGCAAUGGUGGUUUCAGCUCCAAGUCAUUUCAAUUUGCAGAGUCACAGCUUCAGCGAAAGCAUGAGAAGAAGAUGGAAGUAGAGAAAGAAGAAUCCGGUUCAGUCAAAGGGCGCAAAAAAGGCUCGGAGGAGGCCUUGGCUUCUGGGAGAGAGAAGAAAGGGGAAGUAGAAAAGGACGAUAUUGUUUCAGACAAGCUGCCGAAGGAAGAAAUUGAGGAGGGAGAACUGUGUCCAUGGAAGGGGUCAAAAGCAGAAUUGGAAAAUGGUGAGUUUAUUCCAGAUAAGUUGCCGAAAAGAGAAGUUGAGAAGGGGGAGUUCGUGCCUGAUAGAUGGAGAAAGGGGGAAGUAGAGAAGGGAGAGUUUGUUCCAGAGAAAUGGCGGAAGGGGGAAGUAGAAAAGGGGGAACUUGGCACAGGAAAAGUGCGGAGAGAAGUAGACAAGGGAGAGUCCAAUUCGAUGAAGUGGAGAAGAGGAGAAGCAGAACGGUCAGACUAUAGUUCAGGUAAACCACGGAGAGGUGAACUGGAGAAAGGUGAGUUUAUCCCAGAAAAAUGGCGAAAAGGAGAAGUCGUGAAGGAUGAAUUUAGUUCCGGAAGAGGGCGGAAAUGGGAAGUAGAGAAAGAUGACACUGCCAAGGAGAAGGGCUGGAAAUGUCAGCAAGAGCGUACCCCACCUCCUACUAAGUUUUCGGAUGAGGAUGCUUCUCUGAGAAAAGACUUCACUAGGAGUGGUAGUGAGCGUAGAAGGAGGUCUUCCAGGUGGGACCAUGAGAGAGACUCAAGAAUCAGUUCGAGAACUAUAGACGAGGAACUGAGUUCCUAUAAGCAUGAAAACACUAAUGGAAAGAGCUAUGGAAGGGAGUAUUCCUCUGGAAGUUGGCUGAAACGGCAUGGUACAGACUCAGAGACCGGCACACGGAAAUACCAUGGAGAAUAUGGUGAUUAUUCUGGUUCUAAAAGCAGGAGGAUUUCUGAGGACAGUAACAGGUCUGGCCACCCAGAGAAGCAACAUUCUCGCAGUUCAGUCGAGAGCUCACAUAGGAAUUCUUCCUCUUCAUUAAGGGUCUCUUCGUCAAGCAGGUAUUCUUCUAGGCAUCAUGAUUCCUUUUUGUCUUCUAGGGGAGUGCAUGAUAGACAUUACCGGAGUCGAAGUCCUGGUUAUUCCGAGCGGUCCCCACACGAUCGGGCCCGACAUCAUGAUCACAGGGACAGAAGUCCAGUCCACUCUGAUAGAUCUCCACAUGAUCGGGCCCGUUACCAUGAUCACAGGAACCGAAGUCCCGCUCAUUCUGAGCGGUCCCCACAUGACCGAGUGCGCCACCAUGACCGCAGGGACCGGACUCCGGGUUACUUGGAACGAUCUCCACUUGAUCGUGGACGGGCCCAUGAUCACCGGGAAACCAGUCGAAAGAGUGAAGGACAUCAUAGUCGAUAUGGAAGCCAAGCACAGCAAGAAAAGCUUGGCCAGGUGGAUUCUGUUGGAAAAGAUUCCCAUAGGCAUUCCUCAAGUAAACAACCACAGGACAGCAGUUCACACGGUGGUGGUGGUUCUGUUGAGAAAAAUGUCAAUGAUCAGACUCACAAGGAAGAACAAUUGCAAAAUCCAAAUACUGAUGCCAACGAACAACCUCCUCAAGUUGAUGGAGGUCCAGAAGAGCUGCUCUCCAUGGAAGAAGACAUGGAUAUAUGUGACACACCGCCACAUGUUCCUCUCAUGGCUGAUUCCAACCCAGGAAAAUGGUUUUACCUCGAUCAUCUUGGUAUUGAACAAGGUCCUUCUAAGUUAUCUGACCUUAAGAGGCUUGUUGCUGAAGGGGUUCUUCUGUCAGAUCAUUUAAUAAAGCACUCUGAGAGUGACCGGUGGAUGACAGUUGAAAAUGCUGCUUCUCCAUUGGUGCCUAUGAACUUCUCAUCAAUUGUUUCAGAUUCUAUUACUAAGCUUGUAAGCCCCCCUGAAGCUCCUGGAAAUGUAUUGGAAGAUGGUGGUGAUGCUGGGCAAUCUUUCUAUCAAUAUGGGCAGGAACGACCCGCCAGUAGUAUAGUUGCAUCCGAGCCUUUAGAAGAUCUCCACAUUGAUGAAAGGGUUGGGGCAUUGUUAAGGGGUUAUACUGUUAUUCCUGGAAGGGAACUUGAGACUAUAGGAGAAAUUUUACAGACAACCUUUGAGCACACGGAUUGGGAGAAAUGGGGUAGCCAUGAAGGUUUUACAAGGUUCCGACCUGGCACUGGGGAGACAUUUGGAUAUCGAAGAGAUGAGGAAUUUGGGAGAUCUUUUGAUGCUAUAUCAAAAGAAGUUGCAGAAACUAGGUUGGCUGCACCUCAUGAUAAGGAUUACGCCUUUGGAAGUGGUGAUCCCAUUGACUGGUUUUCUGUGCGGUGGUCCUGCAAGGGUGGUGAUUGGAAGAGGAAUGAUGAAGCUUCCCAAGAUAGAUCAUCAAAAAAGAAACUUGUCCUAAAUGAUGGUUUUCCACUUUGCCAGAUGCCAAAAUCUGGGUAUGAGGACCCUCGGUGGCAUAGGAAAGAUGAGUUAUACUUUCCUUCUCGCAGCAGAAGACUUGAUUUACCCACCUGGGCAUUUACCUGUCCAGAUGAGAGGAAUGAUUGCAAUGGUGUAAGCCGGUCAGUUCAAGCCAAGCCUCUAGUUGCUAGAGGAGCGAAGGGGAUUAUGCUAAAAGUUAUCAGGAUAAAUGCUUGUGUUGUCAAGGACCAUGGUUCAUUUAUCUCUGAAACUCGCAUAAGAGUUAGAGGAAGUGAUCGGCAUUCUUCAAGAUCUAUUCGUUCUUUAUCUGGAAGUAGUGACGGCAAGAAUUCAUCAUUGGAUGGUGCUUCUCGAUCCAAAAGGAUUGAGCAUGACUUGCCAGGUUUGCAGAAGUGCAUAAUACCCAUAAACACUCCAAAAGACCGUGUCUGCACAGUAGAUGAGCUACAGUUGCAUUUGGGUGAUUGGUAUUACCUUGAUGGUGCUGGCUAUGAACAUGGACCGUCAUCGUUUUUGGAGCUGCAAGCUUUGCUUGAUAAAGGUGCUAUUAUGAAUUAUACCAGUAUUUUCAGGAAGGUGGAUAAUGUCUGGGUUCCUGUUACAUCUAAUUCACAAGUAUCUAAUGUUGCUUUGCAUAGCCAAGAAGGAAAAGUAGGAACAAAUGACGAAUCAUCUGGAGCUAAUCCUUUUCAAUCAGAGAUUGCAUCACAAGAUGUGAGCAACAUAUCAAUCAGUUCAUUUCACAGCUUGCACCCACAAUUCAUUGGUUACACUCGGGGCAAGUUGCAUGAGUUGGUAAUGAAGUCUUACAAGAGCCGGGAAUUUGCUGCUGCUAUAAAUGAGGUCUUGGAUCCAUGGAUUACUGCCAAGCAGCCAAAGAAGGAGUUGGACAAACACCCUUUGACUUCGGUUACAAUGAAAGGUUAUGCCUCACUCCGAAGAUCAGAUGAUGAUGGUAAAGACAGCAUUCGUGUCAGUAAAAGAGCUCGGCUGCUGAUUGAUGAGAUUGAAGAAGAAUGUGAAAUGGAAGAAGACCUACUUACAAGUCAGAAGGAUGAUUAUUCAUUCGAGGAAUUAUGUGGUGAUGCUACUUUUGAUGAAGAAAAUACUGCAAGCCCUGAAACUGGGGAGAGCUGGGGUUUGCUAAGUAGAAAAGUACUGGCUCGGGUUUUCCAUUUUCUGAGGGCUGAUAUGAAGGCCCUUGCAUUCUCCGCUGCUACUUGUAAGUGCUGGAACACUGUAGUCAAGUUUUACAAGGGUAUCUCGAAAAAAGUUGACUUAUCAUCCAUAGGCCCCAACUGCACUGACUCCAUGUUCCAGAACAUCAUGAAUGGUUAUAACAAAGAAAAGAUAGUGUCUAUUGUCUUACUUGGUUGCACAAACAUUAGUGCUGAGAAACUUGAAGAAGUUCUUCAUUUGUUUCCUUGUAUAUCUAAAAUAGAUAUUAGAGGUUGCAGUCAGUUUAGAGAUUUGACAGAGAAGUUUCAGAAUGUGAAAUGGAUCAAAAACCGUACUCAUGACACCAAGAUCUUUGAAGAAUCUCAUUCAAAGAUGAGGAGCCUCAGACAAAUAACUGAGAAAAGUUCCUCAGUUUCUAAACCUUUUAAGGCUACAAGUAGUCAACUGAAUGAUUUUAGUGAGCCUGGAGAUCCUUUUGAUCAUGGUUCUAGCUUGGAUAGAAGAGACUUAAUGAACCAAUCGUUCCGACAGAGUUCUUACAGGCGUGCAAAAUUACUCGAUGCCAGAAAGUCCUCAGCUCUCCUAUCAAGGGAUGCCCAUAUGAGGCAUUUACUCCGCAAGAAAUGUGAAAAUGGCUAUAAGAGGAUGGAGGAAUUCCUUGCAGUUAGUCUGAAGGACAUCAUGAAGGAGAACACCUUUGAUUUCUUUGUGCCUAAGGUUGCAGAAAUUGAAGAUAGGAUGAAGAAUGGUUAUUACAUAGGUCAUGGCUUAAGCUCUGUCAAGGAGGAUAUCAGUCGGAUGUGCCGGGAUGCAAUAAAAGCAAAAACUCGAGGUGAUGCUGGAGAUAUGAAUCAUAUUAUCAUGUUAUUUAUCCAACUUGUCACAAGUUUGGAAAACAACUCCAAGUCCUCCCAUGAAAGAGAUGAAAUUAUGAGGACAUUGAAAGAUGGAUCAUCUUCAGGGUUUUUUUCAUCAGCCUCCAAGUAUAAAAAGAAACAGAGUAAGAUGGUGAGUGAGAGGAAACACAUGAAUAGGAGUAAUGGCUCAUCCUAUGUCAAUGGUGGUACAGAUAACGGGGAUUUUGCAACUGAUCAUGAAAUUAGAAGGCGCUUAUCCAAAUUGAAUAGGAGAGCUCUAGAUUCAGAAAGUGACACUUCUGAUGAACCUGACAAUUCUUCUGAUGAGGCUAAGAAUGGUGGUGAAAGUACUGCCUCAGAUACAGAAAGUGACUUAGAUUUCCGGUCAGAGGGUGUACCUGGAGAUUUAAGAGGAGAAGGAUAUUUUACAGCUGAGGAGAACUUUGAUUCAAUGAGUGAAGAUCGUGAGUGGGGUGCUCGUAUGACGAAAGAAAGCCUCGUUCCUCCUGUUACUCGGAAGUAUGAAGUCAUUGAUCAAUAUGUUAUUGUAGCAGAUAAGGAGGAAGUAAAACGGAAGAUGUGCGUUUCUUUACCUGAUGAUUAUGCAGAGAAGCUUAAUGCACAAAAUGGCAUGGAUGAGUCAGAUAUGGAAAUUCCUGAAGUGAAGGAAUACAGACCUAGAAAACAGCUGGGAGAUGAGGUCCUAGAGCAGGAAGUCUAUGGUAUAGAUCCUUAUACUCACAAUCUUCUCCUUGACUCAAUGCCUGAAGAAUUGGAUUGGUCACUUCAGGAGAAGCAUUUGUUUAUUGAAGAUGUGCUUCUACGAACACUUAAUAAACAAGUUAGAUCUUUCACUGGUUCUGGAAAUGCUCCUAUGUUGUAUCCAUUGAAGACUGUUCUUGAAGAGAUAAAAACGAAUGCUGAACAAGGCGGUGAUGCAUGCAUUCUGAAAAUGUGUCUUGGCAUCUUGAAGGCUAUUGACAGUCGACCUGAAGACAAUUAUGUUGCAUACAGAAAGGGGCUUGGAGUUGUUUGCAACAAAGAAGGCGGUUUUGCUGAAGAUGAUUUUGUUGUGGAGUUUCUGGGGGAGGUUUAUCCAGCAUGGAAAUGGUUUGAGAAGCAGGAUGGGAUUAGGUCUUUGCAAAAAAACAAUAAAGAUCCAGCUCCAGAGUUUUACAACAUAUAUCUUGAGAGGCCAAAGGGUGAUCGUGAUGGGUAUGAUUUAGUUGUUGUUGAUGCCAUGCACAAAGCAAACUAUGCAAGUCGGAUUUGUCAUUCAUGUCGACCUAAUUGUGAAGCAAAGGUUACAGCUGUAGACGGUCAAUACCAGAUUGGAAUUUAUACUUUAAGACCUAUUGCAUAUGGUGAGGAGAUAACAUUUGAUUAUAAUUCUGUCACAGAGAGCAAGGAAGAGUAUGAAGCAUCAGUUUGUUUGUGUGGUAGCCAAGUAUGCAGGGGAAGUUAUUUGAAUCUUACUGGUGAAGGGGCUUUUCAAAAGGUACUAAAGGAGUGCCAUGGUAUGUUAGAUCGGCAUAAGUUGAUGCUAGAAGCUUGUGAAUUGACUUCCGUAUCUGAGGAGGAUUAUAUUGACUUGGGAAGGGCUGGUCUAGGCACCUGCUUGCUUGCUGGGUUACCUGGUUGGCUUAUUGCAUAUUCAGCCCGUCUGGUGAGGUUUAUAAAUUUUGAAAGAACAAAGCUUCCUGAGGAGAUUCUAAGGCAUAACUUGGAAGAGAAGAGGAAAUUUUUCCAAGAUAUUUCUGAAGAAGUUGAGAAAAAUGAAGCUGAGAUUCAGGCUGAAGGGGUCUAUAACCAGAGGCUUCAGAAUUUGGCUCUUACUCUUGAUAAGGUAAGGUAUGUAAUGAGAAGUGUAUUUGGUGACCCAAAUAAAGCUCCACCCCCACUGGAGAAGCUUAGUCCUGAAGCAGUAGUUUCAGUCCUAUGGAAAGGGGAAGGAUCAYUUGUUGAAGAGUUAGUCCAGUGCAUGGCUCCUCAUAUGGAAGAGGGCUUGCUGAAUGACUUAAAAGAGAAGAUUCGAGAGCAUGACCCUUCUGGAUCUGAAGAUCUCCGGAGAGAACUGCAGAAAUCUUUAUUAUGGUUGAGGGAUGAAGUCCGAAGUCUUCCAUGUACAUACAAGUGUCGGCAUGAUGCAGCUGCUGAUUUGAUCCACCUUUAUGCUUAUACAAAAUAUUUUUUUAGAGUUCGGGCAUACAGGACUGUAACUUCUCCUCCUGUAUACAUUAGUCCUCUAGACUUGGGCCCCAAGUAUACUGAUAAGUUGGGGUCAGGUUUCCAGGAGUAUUGCAAGACAUAUGGUGAAAAUUAUUGUUUGGGGCAGUUGAUUUAUUGGCAUAACCAAGCUAAUGCUGAUCCAGAUUGCAGCCUAGGGAGGGCGAGAAGGGGUUGUUUGUUGUUGCCUGAUAUUGCCUCCUUCUAUGCCAAGGUUCAGAAGCCAUCACAUCGUCAACGUGUCUAUGGCCCAAGAACCCUCAGAUUUAUGCUUGCAAGAAUGGAGAAACAGCCUCAGAGACCGUGGCCGAAGGAUCGAAUAUGGUCAUUUAAGAGCACCCCAAAUGUUUUUGGCAGUCCAAUGCUGGAUGCAGUUCUUAAGGAAUCUCCGCUGGACAGGGAGAUGGUGCAUUGGCUGAAGAACAGACCACCCGUGUUCCAAGCCAUGUGGGACGACUGAGCUAUACUGAGUAGGAGCAGUGGAAUUAUUAACCAACCUAUUUUGUUUUGGAAUGAUUAUUCCAUUUUAAUUUCACAGCUACCCCUUUUAAUGUGGGAGCUAUGAUCAUUCCUUGUGCUCCUUUCGCCCUCCAUUCCUAUGUACAGUUCAAUUAUCCUUUUGUAAUUUGUAUUCAUUAUUUCAGUGGUAGAGCAUUGGUUCUUUUCUAUUGUCAAAAAAAAUGAAAAGAAAAAGAAAGGUAAAGGUUUCGUUUCAAUC